GAGGUAGCAAAAAAAUCGUAUAUUGAUACUAUCUACUACGCAACACUACGCUACAUCGUGCUACGUUAUAUCAUACUACACUCUGUCGUGGUGUACAUGAUCAUCCCAGAGACGGCCGGAAGUGGUGGGGCAGAGAGCACGAGGGGCAUGGCAGCACAACUUGGAAGGGGAAGGGGUUCUGUCGCUAGUGCUCAUGUCGCAUGCGUAGCAACGAUGGGGGAAGGCGGUGUGGGGGUCCUGUGCGUGCUUCCGUAGCCAAGGCUAUACUAUCCGUUCGCGUCAGCGCGGCGUGUGCGAGUGUGCGCUUCAUUACAUACCACAAAAUACCUCCUUCAGGACCCCCCAUGUAUCUGGGAGGAUAUGAGCAAGCGAGUCCAGACUGACGACGCGCAACUUACCUACACAACGUGCGGGCGCGGGCGAAGCUACAGUAUUGUCUGGCAUUGGUGAGCCGGACCAAUCAGGCAAGUGGUACGUACCAGCAGGAGGGCCGAAAGCGCAAGGGAG